AUGGGCAAGCGAGGUACACCACGAGCGUCUUGCGACCCUUGUCGACGCAAGAAGGUCAAGUGUGACAAGGAGCAGUGCAAUGCUGAGGGCAUCUCGCUUUGUACCUUCUGCUGCGCACGAGGAUACGACUGCAUUAUCACCGAUGACGCCCGCCCAAAUACAGACAAAGCUGAAGAUUCUGUGGCAUCUGCAACGAGCGCCGCAGAUGGCUCUUCUGCGUCAAAGAAGAGAAAGUCAUCAGACGCAAACAGCAAUGGUGCCACACAGGACUCCAACGGCAGCAAGCAUGGGCGUUCUCAGGCAGAUUCUGUAUUCGCAACAGGCAUAAAUGUUGGCUCGAGCCAUGAUCCAUUCGCUGUACCUGACUCUGCAAGCGGCCCAGACAUGCUCAAUGUUCGGGGUCUGACCCGCCAGAUCCUGGACGAUGCGGUGGCAGCACACUUCUGCACAACGUACUGGUGCAAUCCCGCGGUGCACCCUCGUCACUUCUACCCAAGAUAUCGUCGCUACUUCAGCAAGCUGGACGGUGUCGCAGCGUCCUCUACGAAUUAUGACGCUUUUCCUCCGGCCGACAUCCUCAUCCUUGCAGUCGCCUGCGUUGGCGUUGUGCAGCUGACAGAAGACUCGCAGCGCUUCGACCUUCAGACACGCAUCUUUCGUCGUGUCGAGAAGCUGGUCACACAAGCAUGCACCAAAGAUCUCACAGUUGCCUUGGAUGUCCUGGAAGCCAUUUUGCUCACUUUGGAUGUGCCGGCGCGGACGAAGUGCGUUGACGAAGCAACUAGGUCCUCUCUGGAUGCUGGCUUCGUCCAUCCCAUGAGCCAUACCAAGAUGAUCCGCCUUCUGAUCCAUCACGGUCUCAACCGAUCGAAAGACGAUCCUGUUGUCAAAGCACAGAGGCAAAAGUAUCGCAAUCCGGAACUACAUACCGUCUGCGAGGUCAAUGAUGAACGCAUGCCUGUAAUCCUUGCUGUCGCAGCGGUCAAUGACAUCAUUCGCAGCUUCGACAUGUUUGAUCGACAUCAGCUACUGCAGGAGGACAUUGAUCCGGAUGCCAUGAACGCAGAUCUUGGUGGUCCGAUCGGCAAUCAGUGGGCAUGGCAGCUGUCCGUGAUGGCGUCAGUGCUACGAAGCAAUAACCUCACCUUCUGCGCAGCCAGGUCUCGGCGUCUUGGCAUUCCGCCAUCUGCGAUUCUCGAAGUGCUGGACCAGUUGGAACGCUUCGAACGACAAAUACCAGAAGCUUUGCACUGGAACACAGCUGCUCCCGAAACCAACACGUCAAACAUACGCCAGCUCAUUCAUCAUGACAACUCUAGCGAAGACAUUAUUUCGGUGCUGGUGCGCAAAGGCUUCCUCAACUUGCUGCUCUGGAGUCAGUACCGAUGCAUUCACACUUUGGUGCAAGCAAACGGGUUGCAACGACCCGCACCAGGCACCCGUCUGGAUGGCAGUGUAUACUUGCGAGCUCGUCAACGAGUCGACUCUCUGCUGCUGACUGCGGUGGAUCGUAUGUCAGAGAUCUGUCCGCAGUUGGCCUCCAUCACAGUACCAAAGCAAGGAUCGAGUUCGGAGCCGCCUUCGUUUGCGUCAGUCAACCUGCUCGAUUUCAGCUCGAUCGCGUUCCGUAGCUCGACCAAAGGCGGCGCCUACUACACUCUGGAGAUGGCCAAGUUGACCUUCAAGGCUGGGUUGCACCAGCUCACCGCCGAUCUUCUCUCGAAAGCUGGCAAAAAGAUCUAUGCUUUCAGAACGUACCAGUGCCACCCAGACACACAAGCUGAAGCGACGAGGAUGCGCAACGUCCUGCUCAGCUUGUAUUCCGAGUUCGAGAUGAUCCCAGGUCUGGGUGCAACCAACGAAAGCAAGCUCAACGAAGAAAGGGAAAGGUUCUCGAGUGUGUUCGAGCCCGCAGCUGCGUAUCAAAAUGCUGAUGCUAAUGCAGCGCUGCUGUCGGGUGUUGGGGAGAUGCAGUGGAACACGGCUGGACCUACGGUUCCGAUGGGUACGAUUGCACCUUGGAGCACACCGGGUGCGGAUGGUAUGUCGGACUUUAGUGGAUCGAUGACCGACUUCUUGGCAGGGCUGCCAUUUGUGAAUGCCGGAAGUGGUCCACUGUCAACAAGUCCACAUCCUGCUUCGUAUGCGCCAAAGACACCGGCUUCGACGGCAGGUGCAGGAGCCAGUCCGUUUGAUUUGAAUGCGUUUUUGGAUACGCAGAUCGAGCCGAACAGUAUUCCGAAUGCCCGACCGGCGCCUUCCAGCUUCUAA